UAGGUCUCGGCUUGGGCCGGAAGAAAGAAACGGGACGACGCACUUACUCACGCCCCUCUCUCUUCUUCCCCAUCGAUCUCGUCUUCCCCAAACCCAUCCCAAGCCGCCGAGCUCAGAACCCCCCGCCGCUCCACCCCAGCUUCGCAGGGGCUCCGCCUCGCUCGCCGCCGGUCCAGAUCCAGGAGUGAUCUCCAUACUAGCGGCGUUGAGGUGACAGAAACAAGUCGACAAUGAGCAGCAUAGGCACAGGUUACGAUCUGUCGGUUACCACCUUCUCUCCAGAUGGCCGUGUAUUCCAGGUUGAGUACGCCACCAAGGCUGUCGACAACAGCGGGACUAUUGUCGGGAUCAAGUGCAAAGAUGGCAUUGUCCUGGGCGUUGAGAAACUGGUAACUUCAAAGAUGAUGCUGGAGGGGUCCAACCGGAGGAUCCAUUCAGUGCACCGGCACUCUGGCUUGGCUGUUGCUGGCUUAGCAGCAGAUGGCAGGCAAAUUGUUUCAAGGGCCAAAUCAGAAGCUGCCAGUUAUGAAAAGGUCUACGGGGAACCCAUUUCUGUGAAGGAAUUGGCAGAUCGUGUCGCAAGUUAUGUUCAUCUUUGCACGCUGUACUGGUGGCUCAGGCCUUUUGGUUGCGGCGUUAUUCUUGGAGGUUAUGAUAGGGAUGGGCCACAGCUCUACAUGAUAGAGCCCUCAGGAGUCUCUUAUAAAUACUUUGGUGCCGCGUUGGGGAAAGGAAGACAGGCUGCAAAAACUGAGAUAGAGAAGCUGAAGCUUUCGGAGCUUACCUGCCGGGAAGGCAUUGUUGAAGUUGCAAAGAUAAUUUAUGGAGUGCAUGACGAAGCGAAGGACAAAGCUUUCGAGUUGGAGUUGAGCUGGAUCUGUGAUGAAUCAAACCGCCAGCAUCAGAAGGUACCAAAUGAUCUGUUGGAGCAGGCCAAGGCAGCUGCUCAGGCGGCUCUGGAGGAAAUGGAUGCUGACUAAGAAACACCGACAAUACAGUCUGAACUUAUUUCGUCUUCUGGUGCUGUUGAAAUCUUUGAUCCCUUUGGGGUGACAGACUGGACAUGGCCAAUUUGUCGGAUUUUGUUUCAGUGUCAUGUAAACCUCAUAUGUACUUCAAUGGAACUAAGCUGUGGCGUUUACAUUCUGUUGAAAUCAAAGCACUUGCCUUCUUUAGGAACUUGCCCUUAGAGGCUUAGAUAAUGCUUGUUUUCAUCCCUUGAGCACCAUGCCCUUCCACCUUGAUGAAUUGCUUCCGGCUUAGCUGCUACGGAGGCUGAA